AUGGGUACACCAUAUUAUUAUCAAUCAUUGGGUUCAUCACCAACACCAUAUAUAACUAAUGAAAGCAAUAAUGCUGAUAAUAGUCCAUAUACUAUUGAUCAUCCAAUACAUUUAUAUGCAUAUGUUACCAUGUGGAUUAUCUUAUUAGUAACAAUUAUAUUUGGUACAAUAGGAAAUAUUCUUGUACUCUAUGUUUAUAUUAACCGUAAAGAUAAGAAAACAUGUACAUUUUUUAUAAAAAUAUUAGCAGUUGUUGAUUUAAUUAUAUGUUUCAUUUUGGCACCUCUUGAAUUAUAUCAUAUGACAACAGGUAUUCGAAAUGAAUUUUUAUGUAAAUUUUAUGGAUUUUUAUCAACACAUGUAUUAUAUUCAACUUUUCUUAUAACAACAAUUGCAUUUGAUCGAUAUUUUUGUAUAUGUUGGCCAUUAUAUAAAAUUAUUACUAUACGUCGUGCACAUGUUAUUGUUAUUAUUUGUGGAUUAUUAUCAUCUUUAUUCGCUAUUGUGCCUAUGAUUGAACAUUCAACAAAGGAACAUAUUUUACAAUUACCAUAUAAUCAUUCUGAUGCAUUGUCAGAAAUAUCUUCUGAUGGUAUGAAUCUAGCACCUUAUAGACAUGUUGAACAGAUGAAAUCACCUUCAACAUUGCCAUUUCAAUUGGUGAAUACAACAGAUGUUAGUUGUGGUAUAAGAUAUAGUUUUAAACUUCAAUUUCCAAAAUUUACUACUUUUUAUCGAUUAUUUCAUACUGCAUUAUAUGCUACAUGUAUAUUACUUGUAUUUAUUCUUUAUACAUUUAUUUAUAAUGCUGUUUAUCAACGUCGUGUAACACGUACAAGAAAAUUAUCUGCUUAUCGUCGUAUUAUACGUUCUUAUUUAAUGAAUGAAGAAACUGAACAUAUAGAUACACAAUCAACAAAAAGUGGUCGUUCCCAUCAUCAUCAUCACCACCACCAUCAUCAUCACGUAGAAGAUUCACCAUCGUUAUUUACACUUCUUUGUUGUUAUUGUUGUCAACUAAGUGAAGAUUAUGGGAAUGAUUUUAAACGACCAUCAGAAUCGGCAUUUAAUGUACCAUUAAAUGAACGACGACGACAAUCACAUCAUCGUCAUAUGCAUGAUGAACCAUCAUCAGUUAUAAUACAUCAUAAUAGAAAUAAGCCACAAGUUGUUUUAGAAGUAAAUGGUGCACGUGGUAAACGUUAUUCAGCUAUAUCAAUGACAUCUAUGACAUAUUUAACAAGUGGAGUUUGGGAUGAAACAUCUCCAACAAAUUUAAUACGUUCAAGAAUUAAUUCAAUAGCUGCAACAACUUAUUGUGGUACUGAACAAUCAUCAACAGGACGACCAUCAACAUCAACUGAAGAUUCAAUUGAACAAGCAUCUAAAUUACUUACAGUUAAUAAUACAUUAUCACCAUCAAAUUCAAUACAUCUAACUGUUCCUGGACUACAGGCAACAACAACAACAACAUCGACAUACGUUGAAGUUAUUAAUAAUGAUAAUCAAUUAAAUGAUGAUGAAUCACAAAAAAGUAUGUCACAAUCUACAAAUUUAUUACAUCCAUCUUAUAUACGUAAACCAAGUAAUACAUUAUCUAUUCGACAACAACAAAGACCAUCAGAUGCAUCAUCAGUUCAACAACGAAAAGUAUCAUUUAUGACAUCCCCUGGAAUCGUUGAUCGAUGUAUUAGUGAAAAUGUAUCAAGUACCUAUCAACGAGCUAGUCUAGCUCCACCAAAUUCAUCAUCAUCACAACAACAACAAUUAACUGUACAUAUGAAUGAUCAUCGUUCAUUAUCAACAACAUCAUCCAUUGAUCCUACAGAUGCUUCUAUGAGAACGUUUUCUAUAUCAUCUACACGUCGUCCUUCAACAUUUGAUUCUGAAACACAACGUACAUUUGAAAGGCAACAAACACAAGAACGUUUAGCAAAUAUAAGAACAACAUUUACGUUAUUUAUUGUUACAGCUACUUUUAUUAUUAUGUAUUUACCAUCAAUAAUUCAUUCAUUAUUUGCUAUUAAACCACAUCAUUUUCGUGAUGUUUUAUUUUUACUUUGUUAUGUCAAUAGUGCAUGCAAUCCACUAAUAUAUUCUUUUUUUAAUGUUAAUUUUCGUAAUGAUAUUCGUCGUAUAUAUGAAUGUCAAAAACGUGAAUAUUUAGCUCGACGGUAUUAA